AUGUCAGCAGCGGUAUUUGAAAAGAAAGCUUAUUUUAUAGGUACAUGGAAGGAUGAUGCGGUAUCGGACAAUAUUAUCAAACAAAUUGCCACCCUUACAACGUUGGAGAAAGGGCGUAAAGUGAAACUCAAGUUGACACCGGAAGGUUUAAGGAUCACUAAGAGUAACAUGUUCUUAAUGAAAACAUUGUUCGAUUACAUCCCCCUUUAUGAUAUUUUCUUUAUGACCAUCAACCAACAACAUCCUAUGUGCCUAAUGUGCGUCAUCCGAGAUCCGGAUCAUAAAUACACCAUCAUUGCUUUCCGUUGUGCUUCCGAGCUCAUCGCUGGUACCUUUGUUCAGAAUUUUAGAGCAUGGAAAAAGACUGCUGGACAAGAAAACGUCGAAUUCCGUAAAAAGGAUGAUGGUAAUUGGACUCUUCGAGAAAGAUCCAAUGCUAAUGCAAGACGUGAACUUCAGCAGCUGUUCAACUCUGAACCUACUCAAGAUGUUAAACCUCAACUGACUGGUGGAAUCUUUUAUAAGAAAUCUGAAAAGAGAAAUAGCGAUGAGAGGAAAACCAACAUCUACGAACAGACCCCUUACGCCCCUAUGAAUGGUGUUAAAACUGAGGUGUAUACUGAAGGCUAUACAACCAGUGGUCAAGUGAUCCAUAAUUCUGUUCCUAAAGCUGUUGUUCGUGAUGACGAUUCAAUGUCCCAGAUAUCGGAUAUAUCCACAAUGAAAGGUGAAAUGGAAGCCCUCUCAUCUGAACUGAAGGAAGUCAAGUACCUAUUGGAAAGGUCGACAGGAAUGACUACUCGGGAACAUUAUAUGCGUGCUGGAAUAGCACCUGCAGUUACCAACAACAAUGAAACCUAUGCCGUUAACUACAAUAAAUAUAAAGAACCGAUCGUUGUGGACAGAAGAAGCAGUAGCAACUCAUCAGUAGUGGCAAAAGUUGACGUACCGGACCAUAGGAACUAUGGAAGUCAAACUUUCAAAACAACCACCACAGUCCAUCAUGACGGGCCUGAGCAUUUGAUUGCUAAAUCAUAUAGAAAUUCGGGAGAAUUGGAGCCGGACGCAGACAAAGGGCGAUACAGGGUUCAUUCAGUUAGUAAAGGAGACGUGGAAAUGAGACGUGCUCCUCAUUCUGCCAAACCGGAUGUAGAAUACAGCGUUGCCCGACACAGUAACGGUUUCAAAGCUGAAGAUGGUAUUGUAUACGCAGCACAGAAAGAAGCUAAUGUUAGCACUGUAGCUUAUCCGGCAGCAACCUUACCAGCAACUAGAAGUCGGGUUAAUAGUAUGAGCAGCACCGUCGUUUCGGGACACCCUGGAUACGCUUACGGAACUAAAUCCAGCACCCUUAAGUUUCGACCGACUUAUAGUGGAGUUCCAUCGGUGGUUCAACGUCCGAUAGAAGACAUUUAUGCCAAGCCCGUGUUGAUUAGACGCGAUUACAUCGUAAGUCGCCGUAGAAGACCUCAUACCAUGUACGUUAACAUACCACGAGAAGAACAUGUCUAUAGUAGCCAGGUUAUUAGAGGUGAUAUGUAA